CACACCACUUUCACCUUGCGACUGCGGGCAGCACACUAUCCGCCUCCACGUCCACAGCCAACGCCCGAUCUCCCAUCCCAUGGAGCAGCGUCACGCGGACAAAAUGCCGGCGAGCGCGCCGCAUCACGACGAGCACCCGAAGCAGCAGCCUCCUCCCGACGAGGAGGAGGCUUCUUCGCUGAGCCCCACGGUGGCGAGGCUGGUCCGGGAGUCCAUCGCCUCCAAGCCGGCGGACGGCGGGAAGGCGGCCGCGGACGGCUCGUCGGACAUCCUGGCCUUCGCGCGCUCCGUCGACCGCGUGGACUCCAGCCUCGAGUAGCUUCGCUAGUUUGUGCUUAGGUGACCCACGCUCGCUUUGCUUGUACCGUAUUAAUAAAACGCUCGACAGUUUAUUUCCCUUACUGUAAGUUGUAGAACACCGCGCUUAUUCAGGUCAUGUCUUUUCCCUUUUC